AUGUGGGUUAUAGCAUUCCUUUGUACACUACUCCUAUCCACACAGUAUGGUUUAGCAAAUCUACAGGGCCCCAAGGGAGAGGUCGAAGAAGUCAUCCUCGACAUUACUAAUCCGAAUCCCGAAUUCAUUGAUACAAUCACAAGGAGCCCCUAUGGAUUAGUUACUAGGAUAUACGUGGCAAGGGGGGGCUACAAGAUCUCCUCAGUGGCGGAGAAGGAGGAACCCAUUUGGGAAGAUGAGGACCUCCACUGCGAACAUGUUACCGUUUUAACACGUGGAGAGAGUAGAACUCAUGUGAAUAUUUAUCUAAGAGAUGAAUAUGGUAAGAGAGCGUGCCUCUACUACGAGAGGGACGACGAGGCGAAUGACUGGGACGAAGCCACUGAAGGCAACUUUUACAGCAUUUUCCAGCACAGGGCAGAAAAUGAAGGUACAUUCGAGUCCAUAAGUGUAGAUUUUUGUCAGAAAACGACAUGCAAGACUUACCUUGUCGCAAACUCUCAAAAACUGCCCUUUCUUCUCUUUGCUCCCAAUGUCAGCUAUCGCAUCGAAAAGAUGCUCGACGGCAAUGAUCUCAUUUGGGAAGCAAAUAAUGAAGAUGAGAGGUGUAUUCAUGCCUCAUUUUAUCCGAGGGAUAUUCCCACUUUGGCCUAUCUGGUUAUUCAGUCCUUGGCUGAGGUCAGGGAUCUCUACUACAAAAAGGUAGGUAAUUCCUGGACAUCUGUUGACAAGAAUGGGUAUCUGGCAGAUUUAAAACAGGCUGGAUUUGAUGAAUCCCAAGUCAGUGAUGAAAUCACCAUGGACAUUGCAGAUGUGCACAGCGACUGCUUCUACACCACCAAGUAUCCGAUAAACAAUUACGGCGUAAAUUCAUACGUACCAUCGCUUGGAUUUAAGCUAAAGUCCAUUACAGAAGGAAAUGCAGACAUUUGGAAGGUAGAGGAAGGAAGCGCUGCAAAGUGCACUUACAUCAAUGUAGUUUAUAAGGACGCAGUGUUUUGUGCCCUGUUCAUCCUUGUUGAAGAUCCAAAUAACGACCGUCAUGUUUUAUACUUUGUAAAGAAUGACAAGAAAUGGAAGAAUGUUAGUAAGGAAGAGUACUAUGGUUAUAUUACAAAGGAGAAUGGUCUAGAGCCUUUAGGAAAUAUUGAAAAUCCAAAGGUUGUAAUGAGUAGCUUUACGAAUAAACAAGGGUUGCGCAUUGCAACAUAUGCCUCUAGAGUUGAAGAUGCAAAGGGAGAUGUCAUUCUUGUCCAUGGUCUUUUAGCCCAUUUUAAAUCAGACUUUUGUGCUUCGAGUACGGAAUGGAAUUUUGAGCAUUUUGGGUCUCCAAUGUUCCAAGACCUUGGUGAACAAUUUAUGGAUGAAAAACAUGUGAAUUCUCUCAUAGCUGGACAUAGGCAUAUUUUUGAGCAUGCAAGGUUUGAGGGAAUGGAUGCCUUUGAGGUGGCUCCCAGAUAUGAGUACAGGCAUAGUCUUGUGGAAUACCUUAACAGGCUUGGGUAUAAUGUCUACGGCUAUGAUCAUCAGUCUCAUGGUCUCUCCGAAUCUGUCAAAACUUUCAAAUGUCAUGUUGAAGAGUUUAGUGAUUACAUUUAUGAUUUGCUUCAGUUUUUUAGCAUUGUAAAGAGAGAUAAAUUUGAUGACUCCUCUGAAAAGUGGAAUCAGGAUUUAAUUUAUGAACAGGGCCAGGUGGAUAAAAAGAUAUUCCUUCUAGGUCAUUCAAUGGGAGGCAAUAUUAUUAUUCAGGCUAUUCAAGAGUUUUAUAAGAGUGCCAGAAUGGAAUACAAAUUUGUAGACGGUGUGAUAGGGAUAUCCAGCAUGCUCAAUUUGGAUAAUCAUGCAGAUACCAUUUGGAAGAGAGCCGGGAAACCGUUUCUUGGAGCUGUUGCAUGGGCAGCACCAGAAUCUAUAUACUCCAUUAAAGACUUCAUGAAUUAUGGAGAGUCGUUUGACUUUUUCACGAGAUUUAAUGACCCGUUCUUCAAUACCCACAAGUUGACCUAUAAAACAUUCAGCCUGUUAUCAUCUUCUUGCAGCGGUGUUCAUGAGACUGACAAUAUUAUAAGGUACCCUGAAAAUCUACCAACGCUCCUUAUUCACUCUACAGGAGAUGAAAUAUGUAGCAUACAAGGUCCAAGAGAUAUGGCCAAUAAGCAUCUCAAAAGCCAUCAAAAUGUAAAAUUGGUGGAGUAUGAGGGAUCACUUCACUUUUUAACAGUUCCUCAGUCUCUGAUAUUAUCACAAACACAUUUGGAAGAGUUUCUGGACAGAGUAACUGAGGAUUAG